GAAGGAAACUAUUCUUGAUAUUAUAUCAAGUAAAAAGGUUGGUUCUGUUCAAAAUUUCGAGACCCUUCUUCCUCAGUACCAUUCCUUUACGCUAUUUCCCUUUCUCCAGAGAACAUGAUGCAGAGCCUCGGCGGCGACGGCGAAGUAAUCAACAAGCAGGUGAUUCUAAAGGACUAUGUCACCGGAGGAACUGCUAAAGAGUCGGAUCUGGAAGUAAUCUCCACCAGAACCAUCAAUUUGAAGCUCCCCAAAGGCUCCGAUGGAGUUCUCCUCAAAAAUCUGUACCUCUCCUGCGAUCCAUAUAUGCAUGCCUGCAUGAACAAGAUUGAAAAUCCGUCGAUUGAUAUUGUUUCGUUCAGUCCUGGUUUGCCUAUUAGGGGAUUUGGAGUUGGGAAGGUUGUGGAUUCUGGUCAUCCGAAGUUUGGGAAAGGCGAUUUCGUGUGGGGGAGCACGGGGUGGGAAGAGUAUUCUGUGCUUUCAAGAUUGGAAUCUGAUAAUCUAUUUAAAAUUGAUCAUACGGAUGUUCCUCUGUCUUAUUACACAGGGAUUCUUGGUGUGACUGGGAUGACUGCUUAUGCUGGUUUCUUUGAGAUCUGUUGUCCUAAGAAAGGAGAAUAUGUGUUCGUCUCUGCUGCUUCUGGGGCUGUUGGCCAGGUUGUUGGCCAGGUUGCCAAGUUUAUGGGGUGUCAUGUGGUUGGCUGUGCUGGUAGCCAAGAGAAGAUUGAUUUGCUGAAGAACAAACUUGGGUUCCAUGAGGUUUUCAACUACAAAGAAGAGCCAGACUUGGAAGCUACUCUGAGAAGAUGUUUCCCCGAAGGAAUAGACAUUUACUUUGACAAUGUUGGAGGGAAGAUGUUGGAUGCUGUUCUUGUUAAUAUGAGGAGGAAUGGCCGGAUUGCUUUAUGUGGAAUGGUAACUGAGUUCCAAAAGGACAAGCCUCAAGGUGUUUAUAAUUUGAUUCAUGCUAUAGGAAAUCGAGUUCGUCUAGAAGGGUUUAUCAUGAGUGAUUACUUGCAUCUCUAUCCUAAGUAUUUGGAUUUUGUUCUGCCUCUCAUAAGAGAAGGGAAGAUUGUGUAUUUGGAAGAUUUAGCUUAUGGCCUCGAGAGCGGUCCAUCAGCUCUCAUCGGCAUCUUGACGGGUCGUAAUAAGGGUAAACAAGUCGUCGUCAUUGCAAAGGAAUGAGUGGUCAAUCAUCUCUCAUCGACAUCUUGUCGGGUCGUAAUAGGGGCAAACAAGUCGUCGUUGUUGCAAAAGAACAAGUGUUCAGGUUUAGCCUGGUUAGAAUGGUUUGGCUUCGAAUGUAUUUAAGCAUGUUUGAAAGACAUUAUCAUGGAAGAUAGUUUAUUUCUACAUGGAAUUGAAAGACAAAUGAAUGUAAGA